GUUUGGUUUUAGUCAAAGCGAGUUGUUGGAAGGGGAAUAAGAGGGGAUGCUGAAACUACCAACUGACAAGGCACUGUUGGAAGAUCCUGCGUUUCGUCCUUAUGUUGAGUUGUAUGCCAAGGAUGAGGAUGCAUUUUUCAGGGAUUAUGCAAUCUCGCAUAAGAAGCUCUCUGAACUGGGGUUCACGCCAAGUUCUUCAGGCAGCAAGGCAGUAGCGAAUGGUGCCGUAUUGGCACAAGGGGCUGUUGGAGUGGCAGCGGCUGCGGCUGUGGUGAUCUUGAGCUACUUCUACGAAAUGUGCAAGAAAAUGAAGUGAAUGCUGCUUUUCGAUUUCCCUUUGUGUACCUUCCAUAUGUUUUAGCGGCUUAGUAGCGCUGCACGCUUCAUAUCUCCUAGUCCGCGAUAACAGUCGGGGCAUCAUUACCUUUUCCAGUUGGUUAAUACACAAACAUGCUGCCUUGAGUAAGGAGUCACAUAUAUACGUAUAACCCCGUGGUAUACGCAUGCAUUUUAUGUGGCGCUCGCAUACAAGUGGGUAGCCGUGUGGGCGGACCGACUUCCGAUUCACUCGAGCUAUUCCUUCAACCUAGAAAUCCAGAAUGUGUGAUUCACUUAUUCAUUCUGUUACCGCAAAGACCCUCCCAAGCAUACAUUCGCCAUUUGAAAUCAGACGUUCAUGGGCAGGUUUAUCUUUUUUCA